GGAGCCUGCUGUUUCUCGCCUUUAUGGUCGCCAGCGCGUGGGGGUGUGGCCUGCCCACCUACCCCCCGGUGCUGAGCAGAGUGGUGGGAGGACAGGACGUGCGGCCUCACAGCUGGCCCUGGCAGGUGUCUCUUCAGUCUGGAAAGUACGGCCACUGGAGCCAUGCCUGUGGAGGGACCCUCAUCUCCUCUGAGUGGGUAGUGACUGCUGCCCACUGCCUCCUGAGUGGCUACAGUUACCGAGUGCAGCUGGGGAAGCACAGUCUGGAGAACAAUGAGGAGAAGGGCUCUCUCACUCUGAGCCUGGCUUCGACCAUCAAGCACCCCAAAUACAACGACCAUAUGAGCCGAAAUGACAUUGCUCUGCUGAAGCUGGAAAGACCCGUCACCUUCUCUGACACCAUCAAACCUGCCUGUCUGCCAGAAGAGGGCACUGUUCUGCCGAAUGGAACUCCCUGCUACGUCACCGGCUGGGGUCGCCUAACCACUUCAGGCCCCGGGGCCAUCAUCCUGCAGCAGGCCCUCCUCCCUGUGGUGUCCUAUGAGAUCUGCUCUCAGGAGGACUGGUGGAGCUUCCUCCUCACCAGAGACAUGGUGUGUGCGGGGGGAGACGGCAUCAAGUCCUCCUGCAUGGGAGACUCAGGUGGUCCUCUGAACUGCCAGAGCUCUGAUGGGUCCUGGGAGGUCCAUGGAGUGGUGAGCUUCGGCUCCGGUCAGGGCUGUAACGUGGUCAAGAAGCCCAGUGUCUUCACCAGGGUCAGCGCCUACAAUGACUGGAUCAGCUCCACUAUGUCCAGGAACUGAGGAAACGCUGUGUGGAACUGAAGGCAAUAAAAGAAGAAUACACCUG